GGCAACAAGACAGCUGCGGCUUCCGCUUCUGGAGAACGGUGCGGUGUGAUUAAGGAGGAUGCGUUGAACCAGGUGGAUCAGUUUCUCAGGGAGGCUAUUGAGAAGCCCCGGGAACGGCUAUCCAUUUUGAGAAUGGAGCAAGAUAUUAUAAAGUUCAUAUGUGAUCCUACUCAACAACAGUUGGAGUUCCAGAACCUUCCUACUUCCUACCUCCGUCUGGCCGCACAUCGAGUAGCGCAACAUUAUUAUUUGCAGUCAGUGGCCAUGCCUGACAGUGUUAUGCCUGACGGUUCUGGUUCUCAGAUUGUGAUUCAUAAAACUUCUUAUUGUCGAUUACCUCCAGUACGUCUUGCGGAUAUACCUGUUAGUUUACAGCAGGAAGAUUCAAACAGCUUACAGAAAAUUGCAAUAAAGCAGAGGCCCCACAAAAGUUCACAAAUUGGUAACAGCUCAAAUUUUAGUUUAUCUAAUCAUAAUGGCAUGAAAACAGUAGAGGAAAGAAAGGAAGAAUAUAAUAAGGCACGUGCUCGAAUAUUUAGCAACAGCAGUGAUCCUGGUGCUACAACAAAAUCAGAGAUUGAACCAGCUUUGCCUGAUAUUCUUCAAAAUUGCAACUUGGUGCCAUCAAUCGCUGAAGAUGACCUGUUUCCUGAAGCAUCUGAAACUAAUCUUAAGAGGAGCAUGAGUAACUCUUUUAUUGGCAGCAACAGAUACAGUAGAAAUAGGAAUGAAAAAGAACUUGUUGGUAGACAGAAAACAAUGGGCAGAGUCGCUAUUUUUCGUGAUCGCGAGUUGGAUCGCAAGGAUCCUGACUAUGAUAGGAGUUAUGAUAGGUACAUGCAAAGGUUUGACCCUGGGUUUGGAUUUAAUGGAGCACCUUACUCAAUUCAGCCUUUAUAUGCUCCUGCAGUCAACUACAACUCUGAAUUCCCUCAGCUUGGAUCUAUUCACAGGCCUCAAAUAUCCAUUGAACACCAACCAAGACCAACCCCUCAACAACUGCGGGGACCUUGGCCGUCUGCAUCAUCGUCAUCUGCCGUUAACUAUGGCCCUCCGGAAGGCUUGAUGGCGCAAUAUAACCCUAAUAACGUUGGUGCUCACUCAACGCCCUCUAUCUUCUUACAUUCCCCUCAGUUUUCUGUCCCUCCGCAUCCGAUGACUUUUCUACAUGCUCCUGAGAAAGCUCAAUAUUCACAGUCUCAUACACAGCAAUCUGAAGCAAACUUUGGACUAGCCCGGCCCCGCUAAGGGGGCCUGGGCAUGCCUGCACCUGCCAGCCUGAACUCAGCAGUCUCACUGAUCAUAGCGUGACUGGCAGGAACAUUGCAGGCAAAAAGACCGGGAUUAGCUGGAGCCAUUCGAUACCAAUUACUUAAAACAAAUGAACUAUUCCGGCUUUCUCGGCUUCUUCCGAUGCAAGAACUGCAUUGAGGAAAACUUUCAAUUUAGUCCCUCCACAAACUGCAAUUUUAUUUGCCUUUGAACUAAGGGGGCGGAGACCGAAUUCAGAACAGAUACUGCUCAGAUUUUGUAAAUAUUUUCUGAGGAUGACAGUGUACUGGGCAUUGUCAUCGGACUCUUUCUGCAGAAGAUGUGAUGACAAGUUACAGGUUUGCAUUUUGUCGCUUUUGCAAAAGUAGUCUGGUUUUGUGCUUUUUGGCUAAUUUUGUCAUGGCCAAAAUCGUCCUCGUAAAUAAUUAUGUGGUCUUUUUGUUUCCUCACUCAGAUGAUUAAGAAGUCCCUGUACACAAUUUGUUGACAUGAAUUAUUGUUUGUGUUAUAUAAUGAUGCCCGCGUGCUAUGGCAUAAAAUAUGCACUUCAAAUCUGUAGGAGAAUGCUGGUUUCACAUCCGAUCAUUCUUAAGGACCAUUUUGGCCUAAUUUUUUAUUCUAUAUAUAUGUGCCGCC